AUGAUAAUGCAACACAUUUGGUUAGAAGGAACACAAUGGGACGAGGUUGUACCUCCUACCACAUUGGAUCGUUGGCACACAUUCAUGGACAACCACAGGUACAUAAAUAACAUUAAAAUUCCACGAUGUGUCCACUUUUCGCCAACGGGCGAUGUGUCCAUUCGUGGUUUCUGCGAUGCAUCAGAGAAAGCAUAUGCAGCAACUGUCUACCUGCGCGUAAAGACAAACAACGAAAUUUUCGUCAGCCUACUAUUGGCAAAAACCAGCGUAGCACCUGUCAAAACUAUAUCUUUACCGCGUCUGGAACUGUGCGGCGCCGUAUUACUGGCCGAAACAGUUGAAUCUGUCGUCAACAACCUGGAGCGGACACAUCUUAAUCUCAAACUAUGGACGGAUUCGACCAUCGUUCUCGCAUGGAUUCGCAAGCCACCAUGCUCAUGGUCAACGUUUGUAUCCCAUCGAAUGAAAAAAAUCGUAGAAAAGGUCGGUAACGCAAACUGGAAUCAUGUCGAUUCAGGGUCUAACCCUGCAGACUUAGCCAGUCGGGGACUUCUGGCACAGGAUUUGGUGGAAAACACCUUGUGGCGGCAGGGACCUUCUUGGCUGCAAGAAGAUCAAUCUAAAUGGUCAUUACAACAAAACGACUACGAGACGACAAUAGAGGAAAAACAGACGCAACUUAUGGGUGAACUUCCGACCGAACGAUCCACAUUUUCACGCGCUUUUACGAAUACGGGGGUAGAUUUUGCGGGUCCGUUCGAAGCAAAAAGCUCUGUGGAAGAGGAUGCCGUGUAUCCAAAGGGUAUGUCUGUCUGUUUGUCUGUUUUACAACAAGGGCCAUCCACCUAG